ACGCGUGCGCGCGCUCUGUCUCGCAGGCACGCACCCUCACGCACACACCUAGAUUCAAUGACUAGAUAGGCGGCAGCCUGCAGUCGGACGAGCCCUUGCCUGUUAAGUUCUGUGCCUUGCCGUCUGCUCUCCGAAAUCCUAACACAGGGAGGGAAACCCCGGCCGCGGAGCAGGCACAGUCACACCCAUGGUCACGGUGUCAUCGGAGCAAAGCUGGAAGCAAAACAACAGAGUUACUGAACAUCAUGGCAUCUAUCGCAGCUUACUAUGCAGGAAAAAAUGUGCUCAUUACUGGAGCCACUGGGUUCAUGGGCAAGGUGCUGGUGGAGAAGCUUCUGCGUUCCUGUCCUGACGUGAAUGCCAUCUACAUCCUUGUGAGGCCAAAGGCAGGCAUGUCUAUGCAGGAGCGGGUGGAUGACAUGAUGAAGUGCAAGCUCUUUGAUCGUGUGAGAGAGGACCAUCCUGAUUUCCACAAGAAGAUCAUACCUGUCAGUAGCGAGCUCACCCAGCCCAACCUGGCCAUCAGUCCGAAGGAUGUAGAGAUGCUGACUUCCUGCAUCAAUAUAGUGUUCCAUUGUGCAGCAACAAUACGCUUUGAUGAGCCCCUGAAGCAUGCCUUGCAGCUGAAUGUGAUUGCAACACAACAGCUCCUGGCCCUCGCCCGCCAAAUGCAGACACUUGAGGCCUUCAUUCACAUCUCCACUGCCUAUGCAAACUGUAACCGAAGACACAUCGACGAGGUCAUCUACCCCCCGCCUGUGGAGCCCAAGAAGCUCAUCGAUUCGGUGGAGUGGAUGGAUGAAGGCAUCAUCCGGGAUAUCACCCCUCGUCUGAUCGGAGACCGGCCUAACACAUAUACUUACACCAAAGCCCUGGCAGAGUAUUUGGUGCAACAGGAAAAUGGAAAACUAAACAUUGCCAUCAUCAGGCCAUCAAUUGUAGGAGCAAGCUGGCAGGAGCCAUUCCCCGGAUGGAUCGAUAACUUCAAUGGACCAAGUGGACUUUUUAUUGCAGCAGGGAAGGGGAUUUUGCGGACCAUGAGGGCUACUAAUGACGCCGUGGCCGACCUUAUUCCUGUGGAUGUGGUCAUUAAUCUUACAUUGGCAGCUGGCUGGUACACGGCAGUGCAAAGACCAAAGUCAGUAUUGGUGUACAAUUGUACAACUGGUGGGAUUAACCCUUUUCACUGGGGAGAGAUCGAGUAUCUUGUAAUUUCCACCUUCAAGAGAAACCCCCUGGAGCAAGCCUUUAGAAGACCAAAUGCAAACAUCACAUCCAACUAUUUGAUAAACCAGUACUGGAUUGCAGUCAGCCAUAAGGCCCCAGCGCUGAUUUAUGACUUUUAUCUGAGGUUAUGCGGACAGAAGCCCAGGAUGAUGCGGAUUUUCAACCGACUUCACAAAUCCAUGAUGCUUCUCGAGUACUUCAGCAGCCAGUCAUGGGAGUGGAAUUCCGAUAACAUGAACAUGCUGAUGGCUCAGCUUAGUCCUGAAGACAAGAAGACUUUUAAUUUUGAUGUUCGCCAGCUGCAUUGGCCUGAGUACAUUGAGAACUACUGCAUUGGGACUAAGAAGUAUGUCCUCAAUGAAGACAUGUCUGGACUUCCAGCUGCAAGGCAGCACCUCAAAAAGUUGAGGAACAUUCGCUAUGCCUUCAAUACCAUCCUGCUGGUGUUCAUUUGGCGCAUCUUCAUUGCCCGAUCGCAGAUGGCUCGCAAUAUAUGGUACUUUGUGGUCAGCCUCUGCUAUAAAUUCCUGUCCUACUUUAGGGCAUCCAGCACACUUCGGCACUGAUGGCUACCAGGACUAACAGAACCUGCCUGCCAGAAACCAUUGAUCCCUUUUCAAGCAGAUUUCUGGACUAUCUGUGCUGUAUCCAGUCAAUCACCAUCCAUUUCCCCCCCACCCCAGCAGGAGAUGCUUGUCAUUUUUCAGAAAUAAAAGGUUUAAACAUAAUGGAUUCUUCUAAAGUAGAAAAAAAGAGUGAUAUAUAUAUAUAUAUAUAUAUAUAUGUUUAUAUGUAUAUAUGUCAGCAGCCAUAAAAUGGCUUAUGUUCAAGGAUCCUGCUGUGGUGUAGUUACCAAAUUUGUGAUUAUUUAAUCCCAUGACAAACAUUUCCUCUCAUUUUUUUAUACCUCUUUUUAAUGGAGUUUUUAAUUUUAAAAAACAGUAUAUGCAAGAAAUCGAGAUCUUUAAUCCAAAUUCUCCAUGUGUUUGUAAUUAACUUGUUUGUUCCUAAAUGCCUCGUUUUGGAGUUGAAACCACGUGCCAUAAAAGGUUCAUCCUUGCUCUUUCAUACAUGACAGAAUCCAAAGGGAUCGUCCCUAUUGCACGCUGGAUUUAUUGCCUUUUCUAAUUUUCAUAGGUGGUCUCCUGGUGCCUGAGAAUUCCGUUCAUCGGGAGUCCUUUAUGUCCUGGCAAAAAUGGCACCACGCCAGGUGGAUUCCAAGGGAGCAGGCAAACAUGUUGAAGCUUCUGUUGUAUUAUUAUGCUGCACUCCAUUUCGUCCCUCAAAUUUUUACCCAUCCAACAUCACACUCUUAGUAGCCAUCAAAUUGUAAAGAACGGCAGAGGUGUAAGAAUCGUUAUAAAUAUUCUGGCAAACCUAACCAGAAAAGAAAAUGUGCUUCCCAUUCCCAUUGCCUCCCACCCAGUGGGUCGAGUCCCGAGUUAUUUUUGAAUCCAGGACAAAAUGUGUUAAGUUGUAUUUGCCAGAGUGUUGUUUAACGAUUCCUAACUUCUGGACAUCGAUUAGAACGCCGAUUUGUACAGCGGGGGACUUCACUUCUCCCUCUUGCCUUGGCCUUUCCGCUAUCGCACACUGCAGGCUACAAAGGAGCUGCAUCCAUUUCCCUUGCCGCUUUCAUUUUGUGCAGUUUGUCAACAUGUUAAUGUUUUGGGGGACACAGUUGCAUCUGACAAAGACCCAAAAGGCAGUGCAUUCGUUUUUUUCCACUGCCGAUUGCAGUAUGGGCAAAACCCUCAAAUGUUUUCUUCAUGUUUGUACUUUUCUCUCAGUGUAGCACUUUCCAGAACUCGUGGACACUGUAGCUGAGCUGUGCUGCACUCAAAAGAAUUUAUUAAGAAAAAACAAAACAAACAAAAGUUUCAAAGUAUAGGUGUAGAGUGCCUAAAAAUUGAGUAUGUGCUUUACUCAUACAGAUGUUUGUUCGUUGUUGUAUAUACAAAAGAACAUCUCUAUUUUUUACAAAUAAUUUAUGUAUUACAAGUAUUUCUUUUGUUUCGCUUUUUUAACGUGUAUUACAAACAUCUGAAGUGUGUACUGUGCAGUACGCUUUUUAAAGAGAGACUUUACAGUUCUGCAAAUAUCUGCUGUAGCCGACUACACAACUGCCUAAUGGACACUGUGGAGUGGUGACCUUCCUUCAGCCUAGUUGGUUAAGUCGCUGGUGUGCAGGAGACCUGGCGGAGGGAAGGGACGGUCUGACUUCGGACCUUUCACAGUGUCUCUGACUUCACAAACACACCAGCAGAUUGAAAGUGAGGAUUGCCUGAGAAGUUAAAGGAAAGCUGCUCUCAUCCCAAAGCCGUGAGCGAUGUCAUAAAGAGUCCACCCCAAGUAUGUGCACGCGUGCGUAUCUACUGUAUGUGUUCAACCACGCACUUGCACACGCAGGCACAACACAAAUUAUAGCUAAUGGACCGCUAGAGCUCACACAACGGUUAGACGAAAUCUGCAAAGCGUCACGUCCUCCAUUAGCUGGAGUACAACACCACCCACAAUCCAUUUUCAUGACCGCUUCUUCUCUCUCCGGCGCUUCAUUGAACUUGGAAGGAAAAGGAUGGACUUGUAAAAGUCUGGACUGCAAGAAAUGAAACCUUCUGAAGCAUCUCUCAUGAUAACUGAUCUUGAAUUUUGCACAAUAGUGAUUUUCUAUUACUUUUGAUUAACGUAUCAAAUUGACUCGCGCCCCGUGACGCAAAACUGGAUUAAGCGGGUUUGUUCUUUGUGAUAUGGUAACUUCAGAUAGUUUUCUCUCAAGUUUUUUUAACCAAACUAUAAAAGUUGUCAAGACUGAAGUGAAGCGUGCUCUUCGUAACUUCUACUUAGUUCAUCAUGUAUUGAGGUAUUGUAUGGUCCAGAACACACCCUAUUAAGACUUUAUGGUUUAAUAUACGACGAUGGGACGGAAUUUGGUCAGUUCUGUAUGGAGCAGUGGGCCUGCACACUUCCAGGUAAUCUGAGAGAUUCCUUCAUUUCUCCAGUAGUUUACUGCAUUGCAAGUUAAAGAAGCAAGGCCUUGCAUGCAGGUUUCAUGUAAAGUUGUUGCAUAUUGGAUCAUUUAAAUUUUUUUUUUCUUAAUAUAUCUUUUUUCUGUCUUUGGAGCUGCUUGUUACAUUAUGGAACUGCAGAGAGCCAAUGGAAUGUCCGGCCAUAGCAGCACACAUUCGUGCAACCCACCCACCCUCACUCACUCACAGAGGGUCAGUUAGAAAUAACAAGCAGAGUGGGCCGAGAAAACACACGUGGACGUGAGGACAGACGGUCAGGUGACUGGGGCACAAAUGAAAGUCUGACCCCUGUCGGCAACACUAAGCACUGUGACUGAGGUGGCUCCUGUCUGCUAGGGUGCGGAAAUGUGCUAAACCAUAAAAUCUUAACAGGGUCGUUUUUUUUUCAGAGACAGAUGGAUAUAUGUAUAUGUGCGAGUCUGUCUGUGUGGAUAUGCUGUUUAACUGCCGUCCAUAAAGUGCAGUGCGUACACGCCAGUCAACGUCCGAAUACCUGACAAUAUCCUAUGCAAUAUGCAGUAUUCCUCUGCAGGUCCCUCGUCUUCGUGUCAUUCUGUAUGUAGCACCUUAGUCGAGGCCCCACCUCAUCAUUCUCAUACCCGUGUGUUUCUUGGGUCUGUAAUCGUGAAUUGGCUCCUUGUGGUCACACACAGCCAUCGCAGACUGAAGUGGUUACCAUUAUGGCAUCUGUGUGUGUCUGAAGAGCGUCGGAAG